GGAUGCGGGGCGGUCCCGCAUCUGUUGCUCUCACGGCGCGGUGCCGGGGGAGCGCGGGGGCGCGGCGCCCAGAGCCGGACCACCGCCGCCGCACCCGGGGAGGGCGCCGGGCACCGGGGCGGCCCGGCUCGGUGACGGGCCGGGGGGGUUGGCGGUAAUUUUCCACGGGCAUGUGCCGGGCGGGGCGGCGGAGCAGCCACCACGUGGCGGCUGAUGUAACCGGGCCCCCCCCCGCCACCGUACUGCACCGGGCGGCGGCGGCGGGGGGAGCCGGGCGGCGGGCGCUGCCCGCGGAGCCGCCGCCGGAGCCGCCCCCGCGGGACGGGAGGGGAGCAUGGCUGCGGCAGGCCGGCCCGCUGCCCGCCUUCCGUGGGCACUGGGGAACCUCGGCCGCGGUUGCGGUGGGCCUGGCGGAUGCUGGCGGAAGAAAUGGUCUCGCAGGUGGCAGCCGCUGCACCGGUGCAAGGGACUGGGGCUCCAUCCUUCAGUCGAGCAUCCGUGGCCUUCUGCUGCAUGCUGUGUGCUGCCUCCCCGUGCCGAGGUGUGAUAUCCUGUCCGGGAGCCUCUGUGGGUGCCCAGGUGUCCCCGUUUCCAGGGUGCCUGUCACCCGUGCCGGCUCUAGCUUGCUCUGACGGUGGAUUGAAGGACACUAGUGCUGGUGCCGCAGCCAGCGUGACAGAGAGCGGGCAGGCAAGGGAUCCUGCACUGGGCAGCCGGCACUGUGCUCCAGCCUCCAGGAAUGGCCGAUAAGUGCAGCGAGGGGCUGCUGAACGGCGCCGUUCCCGGGGAGCAGGGCAAGCAGGAGAAGAGCGUCAAGCGUGGCAACUGGGGCAACCAGAUCGAGUUUGUGCUGACCAGCGUGGGCUAUGCCGUGGGCCUAGGCAACGUCUGGCGCUUCCCAUACCUCUGCUACCGCAAUGGGGGAGGUGCCUUCAUGUUCCCCUACUUCAUCAUGCUCGUGUUCUGCGGCAUCCCCCUCUUCUUCAUGGAGCUCUCCUUUGGGCAGUUCGCCAGCCAAGGCUGCCUUGGUGUCUGGAGGGUCAGCCCCAUGUUCAAAGGCGUGGGCUACGGGAUGAUGGUGGUGUCCACAUACAUCGGGAUCUACUACAACGUGGUGAUCUGUAUUGCCUUCUACUACUUCUUUGUGUCCAUGACGCCCGUGCUGCCCUGGACGUACUGCAGCAACCCCUGGAACACGCCUGACUGCGUAGGGGUGCUGGAUGGGAACCUCUCCAGCCAUGCUGCCCUCAACAUCACCCAGCUCCUCAACACCACCCAGAAACGCACCAGCCCCAGCGAGGAGUACUGGAGGAGGUAUGUGCUGAACCUGUCAGAUGAUAUCGGGAACCUGGGCGAGGUGCGGCUGCCCCUCCUGGGCUGCCUUGGUGUCUCCUGGGUCGUUGUCUUCCUCUGCCUCAUCAAGGGCGUGAAAUCCUCGGGGAAGGUGGUGUAUUUCACGGCCACCUUCCCGUAUGUGGUGCUCACCAUCCUCUUUGUGCGCGGCAUCACGCUGGAGGGGGCUGUCACUGGCAUCAUGUACUACCUAACACCCCAGUGGGACAAGAUCCUCAAUGCCAAGGUGUGGGGUGAUGCGGCCUCACAGAUCUUCUACUCGCUGGGCUGUGCCUGGGGUGGGCUCAUCACCAUGGCCUCCUACAACAAGUUCAACAACAACUGCUACCGGGACAGCAUUAUCAUCAGCAUCACCAACUGUGCUACCAGCGUCUAUGCUGGCUUCGUCAUCUUCUCCAUCCUGGGCUUCAUGGCCAAUCACCUGGGUGUGGAUGUCUCCAAGGUGGCUGACCACGGCCCGGGCCUGGCCUUUGUCGCCUACCCUGAGGCCCUCACCUUGCUCCCUAUCUCGCCACUAUGGUCUAUUCUCUUCUUCUUUAUGCUCAUCCUCCUGGGGCUGGGUACACAGUUCUGCCUGCUGGAGACUCUGGUCACGGCCAUUGUGGAUGAGGUGGGCAACGAGUGGAUCAUCCGCAAAAAAACCUUUGUGACGCUGGGAGUGGCUGUGGCUGGCUUCCUGCUGGGUGUCCCACUCACCACACAGGCGGGCAUCUACUGGCUCCUGCUGAUGGACAACUACGCUGCCAGCUUCUCCCUGGUGGUCAUCUCCUGCAUCAUGUGCGUGGCCAUCAUGUACAUCUAUGGGCACCGCAACUACUUCAAGGACAUUGAGAUGAUGUUGGGUUUUCCUCCUCCACUCUUCUUCCAGAUCUGCUGGCGCUUCAUCUCACCUGCCAUCAUAUUUUUCAUCCUGGUCUUCACAGUGAUCCAGUACCGACCCAUCUCCUACAAUGAGUAUGUCUACCCUACCUGGGCUAUCAGCAUCGGCUUCCUCAUGGCGCUCUCUUCCGUCAUCUGCAUCCCCAUCUACGCCAUCUACAAAGUGUGCCGUUCUGAGGGGGACACACUGCUUGAGCGCUUGAAAAAUGCUACCAAGGCAAGCAAGGACUGGGGCCCAGCGCUGCCAGAGCACCGCAGUGGGCGCUAUGCCCCAGUGUUCAGCCCUUCAACUGAGUCCCACCUGGAGGUGCAGCCCCUGCAGCCAGAGAAGGGCCAGAAUGAAGCAGCGGCUGCAUCCCCCGUGCAGGGCAGCAAUGGCUCAGCCCACAGCCAGGACUCCAGACUGUGACCCCCCACAAUCCCCGCACCCCCUCUAACCCCUCUUGCACCUUCCGCUGGCGGAGCCUGGCUCCGGGCCGCACUGGACCACGGGGGCUCUCAGCACCCAUCCCCGAGACCCCCCCCACCUCCUCGCCGGUUAACCCCUCCCGUCCCUGCCCCCGUGGCGUUUGUUAACCCUCGUGUUUACGGUAACCUUUGUGCUCGACGCUGGGACAAGAGAGGAGGGGGCACAGCCCCGGGAGGGCCGGGAGCCAGAGGCACUUUGCAGGGGCCUUGACCUGGAGGUAUGCACAGGAUGGGGGGCUGGGAUGCUCCCAGGCUCCCACCCCCCCUUCCCUAAGCCAGGCAGCCUGCCCUGCCAUGGGGCACCCUCCUGACCUUCCCAUGGGGGAGGACAUGGGGUGGGACCAGGGUUGGGCAUGCCAGGAUUGCCCACGGCCUGUAUGUGCACAAGGCUAUCAUGGCAGGCGUUGGCACUGCAGGGACCCCCAGCCUGGGUGCGCACUCACUGUGGCUCAGAGCGUACUGGGUCUCACAGGUGGUCACACUCAGGGCUGCUGCCAGGCACCAAGCCAGCACAGGGAGAUGGGGGGGCAAGCAUGUUGUUUGCACCAGCAGGGGGAUCUGACGGCACAAGACACAAGCACUUAGAGCACACGUGUGUACACAUGUGUGUCCCUCACAGACACAGGAUGAGCACAGAUGUGGCGUACAUGGGCAUGCACAUAUGCACGGUGCGCUGGGGCUGUGCAGGCAGUGAGCUGGGAUACUCCCCUCCAUUCACCCCUCCACCCUUUGGCCCCACUGGGGUCUGUGGGUGCCCUUCUGGGUGGCCAGGCAUCGCCUACAAAGCUGGGCACAGCCACAAGCAGCAUGGGCACAGCCUAAUGCUGCUGCCUGCCCCAUAGUGGGGCAGAAGGCUGGGGAGCACUUAAGCCUGGCCGGGGGGUAACCAGACAGGGAUGAGGUCCAGCUGUCCAUGGCAGCCCCAGCACUGGCAGGGGAGGACCCUCCAUGGUGCUAAGGGGGAGCAGGAUGGACUGGCCUCCCCCAGCUGCUGCUUAGCAAGAGGUACCAGCGGAGACAUGAAAGGCUGCACCAGCCCACUUGCUCCGAGCCAUCUGGGGAUGCUCAGUCCCCAACCAGUAUUAGUGGAACAGGAUGCACUGGCAAAGGCUGGGUGGUUUUAAAUCUGUCUUCCAGCUCCAGCCAAAGGGCUUGGAGCUCUUGAUUUGGGGUGGAUGGAAUAAGACCCUUCCUACCCCACUUGCUCCCCUCUCAGCCAGCACCCUGUUCUCCCUAUGUUGCAGCCCCAAAGCUGGCACAGGGACAUGGCACAGCUUGGCACAGUGGUGGGCGGUGAGCCCCAGCAGGAUGUUCCAGCUCCCCGUCCCGAGCCCCCCGUCGUGCCGCGGCGAGGGGCGCAGGUUCCCGCAUGGUGCCCGUGCCCUGCCCCUCGAGUCACGCCGCUACUCUUCACCUCUAAUUGUUAGCAAUAACGCGCGCGUCCCUGGGCAGCGCUGCCUGUGCCAGUGUCUCUCCUGGUGUAGAGUUCUAAAGUAUCCUAGAUUUUAAUGAGAUUUAUAUUCCUGAG